AUGCGUGGGCCGACCGACUUACUUCGCGCAUUGUCGGAGACGGUAGGGGUCGACACUACCGCACCUCAUUUCGCCUUCAUAGAUGAUCCCGCCAUGAUUCCCAGCACCUCAGCGACAAAGAGGAACUAUUAUAUGGCCAAAGAAAUGGGAAAGCGUGCCGCUCGUCAGCUAGCAGAGGAGUGGCCCACCUUGUUCGCUCUAGAUCGUGAUGAACCAUAUCUGACCGCUUUUCGCCCUCAAAAACCUAGUGAUCCGCUAAAGGUUGAUCCAACUGAUGAGAACCUUCUUUCCAUGAUUGAAAAACGAGAAGUACAGGAUGCCGUGAUGCUGUACGAACGUAUGCGGGGCCAAAAUAUCGAGGUCUCUCAACAAGUGCAGAUGGAACUCUUCAAGCUAGUCGCAUACUAUAAUGGUAAAAAUGUUCCGUUUUCCGAGUGGGAAGAGUGGCAUGGAAUGCGUGCUUUUGGCGAGAACGAGCCAAACACUUGGACACCAGGUGGAAUUGUUGACCUCUUAUACGAGACCCUGCCUAAAACCCCCGAGACGACAUCAGCAAUGGUAGCUGGACUGGUGAAGUUCGCCACUCCUGAAAGCGUAUCUAGGGCGCAAGAAUUGUUGAAGGAAUUAUCAUCAAAGAGCACUCCUUGUGUAGAGGCAUAUGACGCUUUGAUAUCAGUUUCAAAUUGGAAAGAUGCUCAGUCUUUAAUGAAAGAUAUGGCGGCGAAGGAAGUGAAGCCGUCUUUGCAUACCUGGAAUUCACUGCUGAGUGCAGCUGCAAAGGUCAAUAAUUUGACAGAGCGCCACCUAGCUUUCGAAAAAGUUAUGGGAGAGAUGAUUGCUGUUGGUGUGGUGCCCUGUCUUGAAUCCUACAGAGUAGUUUUGAACAGUAUCUUUCACAGCCUGCCCUCUUUCGAUGAAAAGGAUUCCGAAAAGAAAAGGGAAUUUGCUUUGAGACGGUCCUAUCUCGACGUUCUGUCCACGAACGACCACUGUUUUUUCUUGGAAGCCAUGGGUCUGAUUAAUUAUGCUGGAAAUUUGGAAAUCGCCGAACGAUUGGUAAAACUUUACGAGAGUUCCGCGAAUAGAGUGAAGAUGCCCGCAUUAACAGCUGAGGGAAUGUUCUACAACCGUUAUCUUCUUCUUUACGUAGAGCAAACUUCGUCAAUGGAAGCGAUCGAGAAAAAGUAUAAAGAACUUGUUCCAAGACUUGUUGGAGUUUCCAGGCAAUUGACUUUGGCCAUGGCUGACAAACUUAAGGUCCCUCGUUUCACUUUUACGUCAACGGCUAAUAAUGCAGUGUCAUGGAUCUCUGAAAUGUUGUCGGAUUUGGAGAGACGGCCCUAUCUCGAUCAGUUUCCUCGGUGGACACUUCUUGUGCGAUUGAUUGAAGAUGGCAUCUGCGCGCGACAAUUGGUUGAUGUUCGGCUGGGGCAGGUCUUUAGAGAACUUCUUAUAAAUACUCACUUUCAGGUAUGCAGAAAAUCUUUCCUUAUUUUUCGUAUCAUAUGUUACUAUUUUCGAUCCAAACAGGCUUUAUCUGUGGAGCAUCGCGAAGAAUACUCUAAUCUUAUACAUCGCUUAGUCAACAUAUGGAUCGAAUUUAGUCGUUUCACAGAGGAGAGGCAAAGAAGAUUACAGCUAAAGUUGUCACCAAGCAUGGUUAAUAUUCGAUAA